UUCGCGGCGCGGCGAGAAGCGCGCGGAGCUCCGAGGGAGCGAGUCCCCGCGCGCGCGGCGGCUCGGCUGCUUCCCUCCGUGGGAGGUCAGGCUCCCGGCUCUCCGGACCCGCCUGGCGUCCUCGUCUCCCGCGGGGCGGGCCGGCUGCGGCGCCCGGGGCAUGGCUUCGGCGGGCAGCGGCAUGGAGGAGGUGCGCGUGUCGGUGUUGACCCCGCUGAAGCUGGUCGGGCUGGUGUGCAUCUUCCUGGCGCUGUGUCUGGAUCUGGGGGCCGUGCUGAGCCCGGCCUGGGUCACGGCCGACCACCAGUACUACCUGUCCCUGUGGGAGUCCUGCCGGAAACCCGCCAGCUUGGACAUCUGGCACUGCGAGUCCACGCUCAGCAGCGACUGGCAGAUUGCUACUCUGGCUUUACUCUUGGGUGGUGCUGCCAUCAUUCUCAUUGCAUUCCUGGUGGGUUUGAUUUCCAUCUGCGUGGGAUCUCGAAGGCGCUUCUAUAGACCUGUUGCUGUCAUGCUUUUUGCAGCAGUUGUUUUACAGGUUUGCAGCCUGGUUCUUUACCCAAUCAAGUUCAUUGAAACUGUGAGCUUGAAAAUUUACCAUGAGUUCAACUGGGGUUAUGGCCUGGCCUGGGGUGCAACUAUAUUUUCAUUUGGGGGUGCCAUCCUUUAUUGCCUGAACCCUAAGAACUACGAAGACUAUUACUAGAACCAAUAGUCUCAAAUUAAAAAAAAAAAAAUCAACCAUCCAACAAAAGGAUUACGUCUGCAUUUUUUCUAAUUCAUCAUUUUCUAAAACACUUGCGGAGCAUCAAAGAGUUUGCUCAGUUGAUUUAAUAUCUUUUGCCUUUUGGCUGUCAACAUCAUAACCAGCUUUUACAUCCAUUUUAGGGACCUGCACAAAUUAAGAGAGCUGAUUAGACAUAGGCAAAUGCUGCAAACUUCCAAUAUAUUCAUGUCACUUUUCUUGACAAGUGAAGGGUCUAUAUGACAGCAACCAUUGUGAGAAACUAGUUGGAAUGAGAAAUGCCUGAAUUUCCUAUUGCCUGCAGGGGAACAGCUGGCAUAAACAACAUUUAGAAGUUCCUUUGCGCUGACAAGGAUUCCACUGUUAGAGUCCUUAUUGCCUGCUUAUCCCAUCCAGUGACUACAUUGGUUAUUUGCUUGAGUGAACUCUUGAAAAGUAAACUUCCCUUCAGCAUCUAAUGGGGGUUCUGAAUGUAACUGGGUUAAUAAUAUAUAUUCCACCUACGUUUUAAUGGGAGGUUAUGCUUUGGCAAUAAGCAUCUCGCUGGGAAGGGAGUCAAGAUUUGGAGACGUGCAUUUCAUUAUGUGGUUAGAAAUUGUGCCUCAGCCAUAUCUAGAAUGAGGAAAAAUUGAGAAUCUUUAUUUUCCCUGGGGCAAC